AUUAAUAGGUGUUGAGAGUGGUUUAAUUGGGCUGUAGCGUACGGAACAAUCGUCUAGUGCCCCUCACUCUCGAGUAACCAAACAAAGAAACAAACAGAGAAUCAGUCAGAAAUCAUGUUGAAGUUCCUCUCGAGAGUGAGGAUCGAGUUCAAUGCCUUGGACCCCCGAACGGCGUCGUGUCUGGAGUUCCUGGCGCAGUGCAACGCCCGCAAGGCCAAGGAGUCCAACCCCUCCUGCGCCGUCCAAGUCAAGCGCCGCACCGACGACCAGCCCCCCAAGAUCACCGUCACCUUCGUCAAUGGCGUCGAGCAGGUCUACGACGCCACCGCCACUCCCGCCCAGGACAUCCGCAACAUGAUCCUCGAAAAGGGUCAGAGCCUCGAGACCGAGCAGAUGUUCCGCGACGCCGGCGAGUCCUGGCCCGUUAUUAUCCCCGCCGACGAGCUCCACCAACCGGCCCCCGGCACCAAGCCGAAGAAAGCGGAAGAGAAAAAGCAGUAACCUGUGAUUGUUUGAUCAAAUAUAUUACUGGGGAACGACGCUUAAAGUAGCCAGGUCUGCUAUAUUUCCAUUCAAUGUUUCAUUAGGAAAAGAGAGGUGUAUUGGAGUUGGAAUUUAGACAAUUCUGUCUUCUUGUGUUUUUGCUGCAAUGCAGAGGCGUUUGAUAUAUUUAGUUAAUGUUGAAUCCUUGCUUGGAGUAUGAAUUGAGGAUGUUAUGAACCAUCUUUUCUGUUUUUGACACUUUGGUUGGUUCUUAUUGUCAUGAUAACAUUCUUCGCA